AUGGUUGGAAUGUGGAUCGCACGAUGUGGUGUAAUGCUAGACAAACUGGUUAGUCUAUGCCACGGUGGUAGUGACCAGCUCCGUCAGGGACGGAGAAGGGCAGAAUUGAAGACACUCAGCGAGCAGAAUGGACGAGCAGCCGCCGAAAAUGAGGAGGUUGGAGUAAAUGGCGAGGCUGGGGAUGACGCCGGGACCGGAUCGACAGUGCGUACGUACGAGUCCAAUUACGAUACUUGCGAUAGUACAAACGGAGCCGGAACACUGGGAUCGGCGGAUGGUUGGCUGUGGAUAACACUAGCAGCCCCUGGAAAUGGAUUUAGUCUCAUCCAGGAAAUGAGUCACGAGAAUUGGGCAUCAACUGAUAAUCCGAGAUGUUCUGACUUAUUUACAUUUCCGGUGCUCGGGGGUGAGGAUGAGAGUAUUAUUUACCCGAUAAUUGACAAGAAGCGAAACCACGUUGAAGUUAUGCCUCACUCAGCCUCAGCUGAGCCGGGACAGGAAGGUCGCCUGAUUAGAAAUUCCAGGUGUCGCCUUUACUGUCUUGCCCCGUCCGAAGGCAUGCCAACAGUAUUCGUACAGAUGCGUACUAAUUGCGCUGUGGAUAGGCAAUCUCUCACUGGAGCCAGACGAACUGGGUUGAAUGAUCCAUUGACCAACGUUGCCACAAACAUGGUAUCCAGCCCAUCCGAGAUCGGAGUACCUUGGAGGAAUGGAUGUAUGAUUGAUUGUCACAGUGUUGUCGGGAACCCAUUUUCUAGCGUGCUUCGACUCCAUCUUCCAUGCCGUUUGCUCACCGGAAUCUCCACCUGGAUAGAGGAUCAAGAUAUCAGCCAGCUAGACGAUGCCGGAAAGUGGGGUAGAAGAGCAUUCUAG